CUAAAGUCGCUAACGGCUAAGCUAAAGUACUGUUGUGUUAGCUACCAAAAUUUCUGACAACUAAGAGAUUGAACAGCAGUCACUAAAAGAUGGGGAACUCAACAACAGCUACAUGCUAGUUGAUGGUGGAUAGUUCAUGCCAAAGCCUGUCAGAUCUCAUGCUGCUCAAAGUGUUUCUGUUUGAUGUUCCCAUUCACCUUUAAGUACUGGGAAGCAAAGUACACAGCCUGUAGAGGCAGGGCUAAGAGCUGAGCUACACCUUUAAAGCAAGUCAUUCAGCUUGCCUGUUCAGUUUCCACCAUGUUUGCUUCAGUCACCCUGCUAUGCCUCUGUGUUGUCUUCAUCAUCCUUCAGCUGAAAUCCCGGAGGCCCAAGAACUUUCCACCGGGACCCACUGCCUUGCCGAUACUGGGGAACAUUUUGCACCUGAACCUAGAGAACCCCUUGAAGGACUUUGAGAGAUUGAGGAAGUCUUAUGGAGAUGUUUACAGUCUGUUCAUCGGUUCCAAACCAGCUGUAAUCAUUAAUGGGGUGAAGGCCAUGAAGGAGGCUUUAGUGACCAAGGCCACUGAUUUUGCUGGACGACCAAAAGACUUGUUUAUCAAUGACGUCAUCGACAGGAAAGGAGUGAUUCUGGCAGAUUAUGGCUCUUUUUGGAGGGAUCAUCGUCGCUUUGCUCUGAUGACUUUGAGGAACUUUGGUCUGGGGAAGGAUUCCAUGGAGGAGAGGAUUCACGGAGAGCUGCGAUACACCAUUGAUACACUGGAAAAGAGCAUUGGCAAAAGCUUCAGUCCUCGACUUAUGUUUCAUAAUGCGGCUUCCAACAUCAUCUGCCAGGUUCUGUUUGGUACACGCUACGAGUAUGAUGAUGAGUUCAUCAAAGUGAUUGUUCAAUGUUUCACUGAGAUUGCCAAGAUAGCUAAUGGACCAUGGGCUAUGCUGUAUGACAGUCUUCCCAUUAUUCAUAACCUGCCGCUGCCCUUCACCAAGGCCUUUAGGAAUGUUGAGACUUGUCAGAAUCUUGUGAAGCGCUUGGUGACUGAGCACAAGAACACCAGAGUGCCUGGAGAGCCAAGGGACUUUGUUGACUGCUAUCUAGAUGAAAUGGAAAAGGUGUGUUUGUGUGUGCAUGGGUGUAAAAACGCAUAAAUGUGUGUGCACACGUUUGUGUGUGUGUGUGUGUGAUUUAAGUAUACACUGAUAGGACGAGGCACGGGUUUAUCUUAACAGCCCUAACGCAUGUGUCCUCAUGACAUAAAACUAAAACUAAAAUAAGAUGACGUUAAAAUUAGCUGCAGUGCUGUGUAUCAUCCUUGAUAAUAUAUAAUAUAU